UUUGGGCAUCAUUUGAAAACUUCUCUUUAUCCGGAAUGGACUAUAUAUUAUCUUGCUUAUGAUGAUCUCAAACGUGAAAUAAAAACCCGAAUUCGCAAUGGUCCAUGGAGCGAAGAGGACGAAGUCUCUUUUCUCAAACUUCUUGAAAAGGAGCUCGAUAAAGUUUACGAUUUUCAGACGUCUAUGUCUGAAGACAUAAAUAAAAGAGUUCAAAGUUGUGAAAAAGAAAUUGAUAAUGUAUUACAAGAUAGUAAUGCGACGGAAGAUCGCUACCUUGCACUCGAGGAAGAACUGUCAUUAAUAAUUGCUGACGUACAUGACCUUGCUAAAUUUUCUCGUUUGAAUUAUUCUGGAUUCUUGAAAAUAAUCAAAAAACAUGACAAACAAACAAAAAGGGAAAUUAAAUACAUGUAUAUGUCACGUUUAAAUGCCAAACCAUUUUUUAAGGAAAGUUAUGAUGCGUUGAUUGUUAAAUUAUCGCGUCUCUAUGAUAUUGUUCGUACUCGUGGUAAUCCAGUAAAGGGUAACUCUGCUUCUGGUGGUCAACAACAAAAUUUUGUACGCAACACUACCAAAUAUUGGGUUCAUCCGGAUAAUAUCACUGAACUCAAACUUCUUAUACUGAAGCAUCUUCCUGUCCUAGUUUUUAAUCCUCAUAAACAAUUUGAUCAAGCUGAUUCUGCUAUCACGUCUAUAUAUUUUGAUAACGAUGAUUUUGAUCUUUAUCUUGGACGAUUGGAAAAGACUGAAGGUGCCGAAGCCAUUCGAUUACGAUGGUAUGGUGGAAUGGAUGUAAGCGAAAUCUUUGUUGAACGUAAGACGCAUAGAGAAGACUGGACUGGUGAAAAAUCUGUAAAAGAACGGUUUCAAAUAAAAGAGAAAAACGUCAAUAGAUAUCUUCGUGGUCAACAUAUCAUGAAUGAAGAUUUUAAAAAAUUGCGAGAUAAAGGAAAAAGUGAUAAAGAAAUUAGUGACUUGGAACGAUUGGCUAGCGAAGUACAAUAUCGCAUUCUCGAUAAAAGGCUGAAACCAGUACUACGUACCUUCUAUAAUAGAACUGCAUUUCAAUUACCUGGUGAUGCUCGAGUUCGUAUAUCUCUUGACACUGAACUUACUAUGGUUCGUGAAGAUAACUAUGGAGAUGUUACCCGUAGUGGUGACAAUUGGCGAAGAAUGGAUAUUGGUAUAGAUUAUCCAUUUUCACAGUUACCUGAAGAAGAUGUUGAGAGAUUUCCUUAUGCAGUUUUGGAAGUCAAACUACAAACGCAGUUUGGUCAAGAGCCUCCUGAAUGGGUCCAAGAAUUAGUACACAGUCAUCUGGUCGAGGCCGUUCCUAAAUUUUCCAAGUUUAUUCAUGGUGUUUCGACCCUUGUGGAAGAAGAUCGAGUUCAUCUUUUACCAUUUUGGCUUCCACAGAUGAGUGUGGACAUUCACAAGCCACCGCGAGGUAACUAUGGUCUUCAUCGACCUCUAGGUGCCCUUGAUACACCGUCUAAUGAGAAUGGUGACCCAAUGAGCUCUGGAAGUUCUGGACAAGAAGAAAGUAUUACUGUUCAAAUAGAUAAUGAUGAUGAAAUUACCGAAGAAACACAAUUGAUUAAUGAUACCGAACAACAAGAAUCCAGAUGGCUAUGGACAACUCCAUCUAGAAAUGUAUUAGAAGAUGAUGAAGAACCUAUCAUUGCGUCUACUUCCGGUGGACUAGCUUCUUCAUUAACGGUUCCACGUUUCUAUAAGGGAAGACGUGUCGCAGUACCUGUUCGCGUUGAACCUAAGGUAUUUUUCGCAAAUGAAAGGACUUUACUAUCAUGGUUACAUUUCAGCAUUAUUAUAAAUGGGCUUGCUCUUGGAUUAUUAAACUUUGGAAACGAUGAAGUAUCCAACAUUGUGGCUGGAACAUUUAUGUUCGUUUCAAUUAUGAUUAUGCUUUAUGCACUUGGAAUGUAUCUCUGGCGAGUCUACAUGAUUAGGAAACGAUCUUUUGGACCAUAUGAAGAUCGAUUCGGACCUGCAUUCAUUUGUGGAUUAUUGUUCGUUGGGGUACUUGUAAAUUUCUGGUUCAGGUUUUGGGCCCCCGAACAAUAA